GUCCCAGGUGCGAGUGCGGCGGGGGCGGGAGCCACCCUGCGCCUCCCUCCUCCGCGGAGUUCCCCCCCUCUGUGCGGGUAGUUCAGGAGGGCCCAGGCUCCAUUUUCUCCUGGCUACCACAACUGGAGCUGCGCCUCUGGGCAGGGUAGCUGGUCCCCGCAGGGGAGCCGGCCCGCUUGGCGAGGACUGAGGGGGGGCGCCGAGAGGAGUAGAGAGCGUGUCGCCGGGACGCGGGAAGCGGUGGCGCCGAGCGGGGCGGCCAGCUGGAGGCGAGGGCGCGGUGGAGGCGAGGCGCAAUGGCGCGAAGCCCGCGGGGCUCCCGGCGUCCUUGCAUGCUGCUGCUUCUCCUGAUCUGCUUUAACUUUGGAAAUGGACUUCAUUUAGAGGCCUUAAACACAAGAAGUGAAAAUAAGCAGCCUCCUAAACAUACUCACUUGGUACGGCAAAAGCGGGCCUGGAUCACGGCACCUGUGACUCUCCGGGAAGGAGAGGAUCUGUCCAAAAAGAACCCAAUUGCCAAGCUACAUUCUGAUAUUGCAGAAGAAAGAGGAAUCAAAAUCACGUACAAAUAUACUGGAAGCGGGAUAACAGAGCCACCUUUUGGUGUGUUUGUCUUUAAUAAAGACACUGGAGAAUUGAAUGUGACCGCCAUUCUUGAUCGAGAAGAAACACCUAUUUUUCUGCUAAUAGGUUAUGCUAUUGAUGAAAAAGGAAACAACGUGGAAAAACCAUUAGAAUUACGAAUUAAAGUUCUUGAUAUCAAUGACAAUGAGCCAGUGUUCACACAGGAUGUCUUUGUUGGGUCUGUUGAAGAGUUGAGUGCAGCAUAUACGCUUGUGAUGAAAAUCAAUGCAACUGAUGCAGAUGAGCCCAAUACUCCAAAUUCUAAAAUUUCCUAUAGACUCGUAUCUCAGGAGCCUGCUUAUCCUGCAGUGUUCUACCUAAAUAAAGACACAGGAGAGAUUUAUACAAGUUUUCCCUUGGACAGAGAGGAACACAGCAGCUAUACUUUGACAGUAGAAGCAAGAGAUGGCAAUGGACAAAUAACAGAUAAACCAGUAAAACAAGCUCAAGUUCAGAUUCGUAUUUUAGACGUCAAUGACAAUAUACCUGUAGUGGAAAAUGAAAUGUAUGAAGGGAUGAUUCAAGAAAAUCAAGCCAAUGUAGAAGUUAUGCGCAUAAAGGUGUUCGAUGCAGAUGAAAUAGGCUCUGAUAAUUGGUUAGCAAAUUUUACAUUUGCAUCAGGAAAUGAAGGAGGUUAUUUCCAUAUAGAAACUGAUGCUAAAACUAAUGAAGGGAUUGUGACCCUAAUUAAGGAAGUAGAUUAUGAAGAAAAGAAGAAUCUCGACUUCAGUAUUGUUGUCACUAAUAAAGCAGCUUUUCACAAGUCAGUUAAGAAUAAAUAUAAGCCUAAAUCCAUUCCCAUCAAAGUAAAGGUGCAAAAUGUAAAAGAAGGCAUUUAUUUUAAAAGCAGUACAAUCUCAGUUCACGUUAGUGAGAGCCUGGAUAUAUCAAGCCAAAGCAGAAUAAUUGGAAAAUUCCAAGCUUUUGACGAAGACACUGGACGACUGGCUCAUGUAAAAUAUGCCAAAGUGGAAGACAUAGACAAUUGGAUCUCUGUGGAUUCUGUCACAUCUGAAAUUAAACUUGUAAAAAUUCCUGAUUUUGAAUCCAGAUAUGUCCGUAAUGGUACCUACACUUCAAAGAUUGUGGCUAUAUCAGAAGACUAUCCUAGAAAAACCGUCACUGGCACCAUUGUAAUCAGGGUUGAAGACAUCAAUGAUAACUGUCCCACUCUGGUGAAUCCAGUGCAGACUGUCUGCCACGAUGCACCAUAUGUGAAUGUUACCGCAGAAGACCUGGAUGGAUUCCCAAACAGUGAGCCUUUCACAUUCUCUGUCAUUGACAGACCACCUGGAAUGGCAGACAAAUGGAAAAUACUACACAAAGAAAGUAAGAGUGUGCUGCUCCAACGAAAGGAACGAACGCUUGAGAGAAGUGACAUUCACUUCCUGAUUACAGAUAGUCAAGGCCUCAGCUGCCCUGAACAGCAGGUGCUCAGGCUCACCGUCUGCGAGUGUCUGGCGGGCGGUGGCUGCGUGCAGGCUCUACACGACUCCUACGUCGGCCUGGGGCCCGCAGCCAUCGCACUGAUAAUUUUUGCUCUUCUGCUCUUGCUACUUGUACCACUUUUACUGCUGAUGUGCCAUUGUGGAGAAGGAGCCAAAGGCUUUACCCCCAUACCUGGCACUAUAGAGAUGCUACAUUCUUGGAAUAACGAAGGAGCACCACCAGAAGACAAGGUGGUGCCGUCACUUCUGGGAGGGACUUAUAGGGAGAAUCCAGCUGUAGGAAAUGGAGUAGGAGGUACAAUAACCAAGGAAACCACCGUGAAGGGAGAUAGCUCUGCUUUCUUGACCAAAGGGCAGCGUGAGAUAUCCGAGGUGGACGGAAGAUGGGAGGAACACAGAAGCCUUCUCACGCACGGGGUGGCUCAGGUUACAGGGACUUCAGGAGUCGUCAUGGGCGCUGAAAACCUAAGGACCAUUGGAGCCACGGGGGCUGCCAGAGAGAUGGCUGGAGCUCAAGCAGCUGCUGCUGCAGUGAACAAGGAAUUCUUGAGAAGCUAUUUCACCGAUAAAGUGGCCACUUUCACUGAAGAUGUUGAUGUUCACACAGCAAAAGACUGCCUUCUGGUUUAUUCUCAGGAAGAAACUGAAUCUCUACAUGGUUCCAUUGGCUGUUGCAGUUUUAUUGAAGGGGAGCUAGAUGACCACUUCUUAGAUGAUUUGGGAUUUAAAUUCAAGACACUGGCUGAAGUUUGCUUGAGCCAAAAAAUAGAUAUGGGUAUAGAAAUUGAGCAGUGGCAAAAACCUGUCACAGAAACAAGUAGGAUCACAGAUUCACGCUCAUUCCGUGAGCAAACUAUGGAUAAUACAGAAAACACUUACCCCUCUGGCAGUAGCUUUGAAGUUUUAAAACCUUUGCAUGAAGUAAAUACAGAGAAAGUAACUCAGGAAAUAGUCACUGAACAGUCUGUGUCUUCCAGGCAGGGUCAAAAGGUAGCUAAGCCUCUGCCUGACCCACUGGCUCCUGGUCAUUUUAUAGUGACAGAAACGUCCUAUGCCACAGGCCCCACCAGACCACCAAGCACUUUGGUCCUGGGUUCUAGAGAGCCACAGGGCCUUAUUGUGACAGAGCGGGUAUAUGCCCCAGCGUCUGCUUUGGUAGAUGAGCCUGAUGCCAAUGAAAGUCAUGUUGUGAUUACUGGAAGAGAAAUGCAGCCUCCUGGGGGCACAGCUCAUCUUCUCGGAGGCCCUCAGCAUCUUGCAGAUGCACAUUACGUCAUGGUGAGGGAGAGAGAGCGCAUCCUUGCCCCCAGCUCGGCUGUGCAGCCCACUGCGGUCAUGUCCAGUGUAGCAGUAGGACAGAAUGUGACAGUGACAGAGAGAGUGCUAACCCCUGCCUCAACUCUGCAUUCCAGUUACCAAAUUCCUGUUGAAACCUCUAUGAUAGCUGGGAAGACCAUUGGUUCUGGAGCUGGAGUUCCUGGCCCUUAGCCAGAUUUUGGUGUAGAGGCCUCUGGUGGCUCUAAUUCUGCCAUAACCACAUCUGCCACCAGAAUCACCAAGCAUAGCACUGUCCAGCGUUCUUUCUCCUAAUAUCAGUCAGCCACAAUCUCGCCCACAGUUGAACUAGGAGCUCCUGAUUGCAUCUUUUCAAGGUACCAGGCUUUUCAUGAGCCUUACAGACACACAGGCAUGCAAACUGGGCUUAAAAUUUUUCUGUCACCAAAAUGCAAAAGACCACGUUGCCUCUGCUUCCAGGAAUGUGCUUUAGAAAUGCUCCAUAAUUUACUGAUGCUGUUUCUUCAGUGCCUUUUUAGUGAGGUUGGGCCAAACAGUAUUCACAAAGCAAGUUAAAUAGAGAGUAAACCUGGUUUCUAAGAGUGUACAGAUUAGCACAGAGUGUCCAGUUGGUCAGCCAUCAAGUAGACCAACCCACAGAACUGAUUGGCCUUUGCACAUUAAUAUUAACAUUGCUGAUCUGUAUUCUGUACUACACUGCACUAAGCAGAUUAUCAAGGACCUAUUUAUCCAAAGACACCUCCGUCCAUCUGUCGAGUCUGGGCUACCAGUCAUGUUAAUUUUGUUUGCUUUCAUUAAUAAUAUAACCCUUUAAUCUCUGUAAGGCUUGAAUUUUGCAACACUGAAGGGUACGUACACACAUUCUGUGUUUCUGCACAUGGGACUGUGUGUGUGAGUGUGUGCGUGAGUGUGUGGUCUUAAUAGCAUUAUACCUCCUUGUCGCUCAGUAGUCAUGAAAAUAAUGAAUACUUCAAAUUCAGUUGAAAAGUCCAGGGCAAAAGUUCACAAAUAUAAAAUAGUCAUACUUUUUAUAGUAAUAAUACACUAUGGAAAGAAAAAAAAACAAAACUCAGGAUUCAUUAUCUUUUAAGCUGCUAGAACUUAGUGCAGCCAAAUUAACUACCAGACUAUACUCUCCACUGCAGUGGGAACCGUGCCUAUUUCAUUCGCUAUUCCGUAUCUUCAGAGCCUACCUAACAGGUGCCAAAUAAGUAUUUGUGGAAUUAGACUGAAUUUUACAAACCACCCUCUUUUAUCUACAAUUGCCAAAAAUAUUGAAAGAUCCUAUACUUUUUAGAAUUAGAAGUUUGAAAUCAUGAUUUUAUUCUUAUGUGUCAAAGUCAUUGACUAGCUGGUCAUAAUUUACUGUUAAUACUAACUUAUAUUCUGAAAACCUCAAAUAAUUGACCUGAUUUUGUACACAUCCUUGCCUUUUUUAAAAAUUUGAGAUUUUUGGCUCCUUACUAGACUAUAUUUUUAUUACUUCUAGAAAACUUAAUACCUUUCAUGUUUCAAAUAUAUGUGCAUGUCAGCAAUAAGUUAUAUAAACAUUUCCCACAACAAAAUAAAUUUCACAUUUUUAAAACUAAUUUCUUGACUUUAAAGAUAUUUUGCUAAGAAAAUAAAACUCGAAAAAUUCACUUUGGUAGCAUGUUUUUUAAAAUAUCGUUGACUUGAAUUGUAUCGUGUGAAAGGAUUUAUACCAUACGCCCCCACUCUCUGUAUCUGUGAAGGACAUAUAUUUUUAAACAUCAUAUGUCUGUGGCCAAGAUGGAAGUCACUGCUUCUUCUGUGAUCUAAAAAAUUUUACUUAGUAAUUGUUGGGUUGAUGUUUUUUGUUUCUUUGUUUUAAUGUAGAUUUAGCUGUUACAUUCUGCCAGGUAUACAACAGGAAUAUCACUAUUCCUGUAAAAUGUAAAUAUAACCAAUGUACUCAGAACAAACAAAAUUUGGUCUUAAACUUCCUUCUCAGACAGGUUUGAAAAAUCGAACCUAUCUCUUGUAUAUAGUGGAUUCACAUUUUCUAAAUGGUGUUCUUUGUUCCUGCAAGGGUGAUUUGUAUUCAUUUUUACAUCUGUUCCUUGGGAGAUUAUAUUUGUAUGUGUAUCAUAAAAUGUUUAAAUAAAAAGACCUUAAGAGUGA